GUUAAAAUACAAGAUUAUAAAACCCUCUUAAUAAGCCCCAAGCGGCAACAGUAUUGUCCAGAUCACUAUGAAGACCCUCCUGUUGUUCUCACUUCUGGGACUCACUGUGGCCCAGCCCAUCGAAGAUGAUGAUAAAAUUGUUGGCGGUUACCAGUGCUCUGUUCCAUAUCAAGUAUCCCUGAACUCGGGGUACCAUUUCUGUGGGGGGUCGCUAAUCAACGAACUGUGGGUGGUGUCUGCGGCUCACUGCUACCAAUCAAAAAUGGAGCUCAGGCUGGGAGAGAAUAAUAUUGAGAUGUUGGAGGGGACAGAACAAUUUAUCCAGUCUGCCAAGAUCAUUCGCCACCCCCAAUAUAACAGUUGGACCAUUGAUAAUGACAUCAUGUUAAUUAAACUGCAGGAACCUGCCCAACUGAACAGUGUGGUUCAAACCAUCCCUCUCCCCACUGAGUGUGCUCCUGUGGGGUCCAUGUGCCUCAUCUCUGGCUGGGGAAACACUCUGAGCAGUGGAGUUAAUUAUCCGGACCGGCUGCAGUGCGUCGAUGCUCCAAUCCUGAGCCAUCAGCAGUGCCAGGAAUCCUACCCCGGGAGAAUCACCAACAACAUGAUCUGCCUGGGCUACCUGGAGGGGGGCAAGGACUCGUGCCAGGGCGACUCGGGUGGUCCGGUGGUGUGUGAUGGACAGUUACAGGGAGUGGUGUCCUGGGGGAGAGGCUGUGCCCUGCCGGGGUACCCGGGGGUCUAUACCAAGGUGUGUAACUACCUGUCCUGGAUCGACGAGACCAUUGCUAACAAUUAAAUAUCAGUACAAAGAACUGGGGAGACUCGGAUCCCAGCAAAAUGUGUCUAAACAAUAAAGGUGAAUUAUAACCUGA